AUGCUGCGCUAUCUCUUUCGCCGAUCGCGGUCCAUUCGCGUUCCGCUUAAGAAUGGCAUUUUCGACUUGCAAAGGGUUUCGGUUAAGAAGAAGUCGAAACCCAUAGUUUCUCGCGUCCUUACUACGUUCCUCAUCAGUUACUGCGUGCUGAAUACAAUUCGCUAUGUCAUACCACAAAAGGAUAGCCAAGGCAAGGCAGGGCCUGUGUCUGAGCGCACGGCGGUGCCCGGUGGUUGGCUUGAGAGUGUAAGAGGCCAGGGUAAAAUUCAAGACCACUCCAAGGCUACCACUGGGGAUUCGAAGCUGUACCAGCAGGAAGCGUUCCGCAUGUGGCUGCCGUGGAUGCGAGCGAGAGCACCACCGAUGUACACUGCUGAUGAUCCGGACUGGAAAGAGUACCAAAAACUACAACAGGAUGAGAAGCUGAUAACUUCGAUUAAACUUCAAGUGGUUCAAAUGGCCUUGGAGACGGCUUUGCCUCGCUAUCGUAUGAACAUGGCCGCGGUGGGUGCUAACCCUUAUGUUGUGCGAAUGGACCUCGAUGUCGUUCCUCCUAUUUAUCCACCGGAGAUAUAUGAAGUCUCGUGUCUGUGCUUCGAGUCAAACAGGGUGACCAUGGACUGGCAAAGACUGUCGCCCGGCGUGGGCAGUAAGGUCUAUCAUGUCUUCCAUCCAAUCCAGGCCGGGAAUGCCUUCUACUAUGGCCUGAGGCAGUUUGUGACAGUCUCUUAUGCCAUCACGCGAGCUCGGCUCAUCGACUUCUACAAUUCUAUCCAGAAGUCAGCCAAUAGCGGCGAAAAUGAUGGCGGGGAGCAUAAUGAAGCCACAGGCACCCUUUCUGAAUCUGACAAGUUGGAGUCUAAGCUUUGGAUCAACGGCUUGUCGGACAAAGACAAGGCGCCGUUCCUGCCGUAUCUCAGGGGGGAGUACAGUGAGCAACUUUCUGUACGAGCUUACAGGGACAUGGUCAAAUCCAUCACGUACCAACAAGCCAUUGAGUCGGGAGUCGUGGUGUUCCGCGCAAAGAUGAACGCCUUGAGAGCUUUGUCUGGCCAACUUCAUGUACGGGACGGGGUCACGGUCGAGGGUUCGCUUGUUUGGGUUGGAACUCGAGGUAGGUUUCGUCUGAAUGUAAGGGCUAUUUAUUCUCCUGAACGUGGCUCGAUCGUUGGAAAUGUGUUUCUGGAGAGAGCAUACAUUGUGCCAGAUACCAGCAAGUGGCACAGUAAGAAGCGAGGGCAGCAGGAUGGUGUGAUAGUGCAGCCAGCAGUUGAGGCAGACUCGACGCAGACGCCGGUGAAGCCAUCGAAAGAACAAGAAUCUCCUCAGUCAGAAUCUUCGACCGAGGAAAAGGACAAAUAA